GAUAGAGUCGCUGGAUAAAAUGCGUAAAGGAAGUAAGAAAGCAGCACUGCAGAUGGUUGACAUGGAAUGCAGUUACCUCACUGUUGAUUUACAACUCUUAUGCAUUGUGUUUGGUGGAUAAUGCAUAUCAAACGUGCAGAGAGUACUGAUCAGUUUACAACUCUUAACCGGAAACUGAGAUUCUCGGUUCGGUUUAACCGGUUUCUACCGAAUUCACAGGACUACAAAUAUUUUAAGUUAGGUAAGGGAAACCAAAAGUCCACAUGUUUCUGAUCCACGUCAGCAUGAAAUUCUAAACGACGUUUCAGCGUAAUUCAUCUUCUCUUGUAUAACACUUCCGAUUCUAAUUAGGGUUUAUCGUUUGCAUCGCUCUUGCCACUACCUCCGGAGUCUGUUUCAUUUGUUUAAGUGAAUGGAGGAAUUAAGCCAAAUCUUGAAGAACAAUAGGACCGAUGAUCUCACUUGGUUUUGCUCUCUCUCAGAAUCUGAACUGGAUUUGCUCAUCAGCUUAAAAAAGCUAGUCAUUCGACGUGCCAAAGUAAGUGGUCUCGAAGAUCUAGUAGCUGACAAAUUUGAUCUUAAGAUGCUCCGAUCUCUCGGGCUUGUGCUAAUGGAGUAUGUAAGAAAAAGAGUAGAAGAUGAUACUUCUCUUGCCCCAAGUGUUGUCCAAGAACUCAGCCUUUUGGAUAGUUGUAACUUGUUGAAAACGCAUGUAGAUGAUACUGUAGACAUUGAGGAGAUUCUGACUGAUAUCUGCAACAAGAAUUGGGCUACAAAAGGGACACGUGUCAAGAUCAGACGGCGGUUCUCAAAGCAACCCGGCAAUUUCCAUGGAAACAGAGGUAUGACCAACAUAGUAAGUACCGUAGAGUAAAACAGAAAACGAACUCACAAAGAAAAUCUUUUAACACUUGUUUUUAUUUGCCUUGUUUUUCUAAGAAACUAAGAUUUGUUUA